GUGCCGGUGCGGGGGCCGCGAUGCUGCGGCUGCGCUGCAAGGCCCGCAGCGGGUCCCACGCGCUGCCCGCGCUGUCCCCGCACUCCCCGCUCCGCGACAUGCAGGCCGCGCUGGCCGCGCUCACCGGCGUGCCCGCCCCCGCCCAGCGCCUGCUGCUCGGCUUCCCGCCGCGCUGCCUCGACCUCAGCGACGGCGAGCGGCGGCUCGGCGAGCUCGGCAUCCACUCGGGUGACACCCUCAUAGUCGAGGAGGACACAUCCAAGCCCGAGCCCGAGCCGCCCGUGGUAGCCAAGAGAAACAUGUCCCACCCGCUCAGGGAGGCCGUGCCCGUUCUGGCCAGGAGGGUGGUCCCGGCAGACAACUCCUGCCUGUUCACCAGCGUGUCCUACGUGGUGGAGGGCGGCGUGUACGACCCCGGCUGCGCCCCGGAGAUGCGGAACCUCAUCGCCCAGAUCGUGGCGAGCGACCCCGAGUCCUACUGCGAGGCCGUGCUGGGCAAAACCAACAGGGAGUACUGUGACUGGAUCAGGAGGGAGGACACCUGGGGGGGGGCCAUCGAGGUGUCCAUCCUGUCCAAGUUCUACCAGUGCGAGAUCUGCGUGGUGGACACGCAGACGGUGCGCAUCGACCGCUUCGGGGAGGACGCCGGCUACGCCAAGCGCGUCCUGCUGAUCUACGACGGGAUCCACUACGACCCCCUGGAGCGCCGGAUCCCCGACUCGGACAUUCCCCCCCAGACCAUCUUCUCCACGAGUGACGACGUGGUGCUGGCGCAGGCCCUGGAGCUGGCGGACGAGGCCAGGAGGAAGAGGCAGUUCACGGACGUGAACCGCUUCGCCCUGCGGUGCAUGGUGUGCCAGAAGGGACUCACGGGGCAGCUGGAGGCCAGGGAACACGCCAAGGAGACUGGACACACCAACUUCGGGGAGGUGUGACGAGGGCAGCAUGAGGAUGGUUCCAUCAACUACCUCACCGGUCCAGGAUCAGAUUCUGGAUUCCCCCCCCCCCUCCCCCAGAUAAGCUGUUUGUAACCAUAAAAAAAUUUAGUUCUUGACAAAAAAAAAAAGGAAAAAAAGAAAAGAAAAGCUUGAAAAGCGAAAGUAGCAAAGUAACUUAAUGGUGGCCAGGUUUGGGAAAUAGGGUUUUGAAAAUAGGGAUCUCGCAUAGGAGGUGGUGGAGAGGGCCAGCUACACCUCGAUUCCUGGAAUAACCUUUUGUGUUAUUGUGGUCUGAGCACAUAGACACAAUCAGGCUCAACACUGGUGUAAAAUCCACCUCUGAGUCGCUGAGUGAACCUCUCUAUGUUUUCCAGGGAAUUGAAUUAAUCCAGAGGUUUGGGAAACACACAUAUCAGCAUUACUUACACUCAGAGUUAGGCUCUGCACGUGGGAGCGCUUCUCAGAGGAGAAACUGCUCGUGAGCUGCACAAUUUGUAGUAGAAAUAGCAAAUAUAACAUCAAAAUGCAAUCUGUAAUAGAAAGGGGGAUCUCAGAGCUGCCCUACACCAUGUUACCAUCAGGAGCAGACUGUAGUUUGUGUGAAAAGAACUUUAGGGAAAGAAGUGGCCUCUAAGCUUUAAGGUAGCCUUCUUGAAAUUAAUGAGUAGAUGGAUAAGUGUUGAAUAAACCUAUUAAUCCUCCAUAGGUAGUUUUUAGUUGCUUGAAAAAAAAAUAACUCUGGACCCCCCUGGUGUUUACACUGCAUCAGAACAUAGGCAUGUUUUCCUGGAGUACUUGGGAUUCUUCUUCAUAAUAGUAUUGGAAAUUCUGGCAAGAGGGAAAUAAGUAGUUAGGGAAAUGACUUAAUUUGCAUCUGUUAAAUACAUUUAGGGAGACUUUACUUGAGUAGAGCCAGUCAUGGCCAUAGUGUUACAAAGCUGUCCCAGGUUCCAAAUACUGUAUUAUGAGCACUUUAAGGUUGAGUUCUCACUCUUUGCUGGUAAUAAGUUUUGCCCUUUUAAGGUCAGAGUGCUGAGCCAGAAGGGAGGCUUGAAGUUUCUUCAUCUGCUUUCUGCCUUAAUGUGUUUGUUUUAUCACUGGUGACUGUAGAGUAGCAAGACUUUUAAUUCUGAUAGUGAAAGGUGCAGUUGAAAUUUCAGAACAAAAUAAGCUGUAUUUGUACCGUUGAGUAUCAGGGAAGAUGAUAUUGGUUUAAUAUCUUACCUCACAGUGGGGUUGUGAGGCUUAAACAGCAAGUGCUUUUGAGGUCUUUUAAAAGGUGCUGUAAAGGUGCAUAUUACUGAAGGGGAUUUUAUUUUUUUUCCUUUGAAAUGCCUGCGACACAUACUUGUUUCUUGAAUUUUAAAAUAUUCUUUGCCUGCCAUUUUCCUGUUACUGUCUUGAGUGACCUUCCUUGCACUUUUAAAAUGGGGAGCAAGAACAUGCUCUAUCUUUGGACUGAGGCAGAAAUAAACCCACUUUCCACGUGGAACCUAAAAUCCAGUUUUAAAGGCCUCCAUUCCUUGAGCCACCUGACUGAAGUGGGGCAGCAAAACCACCUAUUCUGCACAAAAAUCACGUUUCACUGAAGUUCUCAGCAAGAGCUCCCAGUUGGAUCUUGAAACACAGGAAGGUCUUAUUGAAGAAGAAACAUAAUUACACAAGUGCUUUGCUCAAUUAAGGCAUGAAUAAUUGAAUAUAAAGACUAGAAUCACCAAGAGCACUAUGGACCAGGUUUGGUUUUAAUUCAGUAUUAAAAUACACAUUAGCACUGUUGGGAGUUUCCUAUAGAAAACCAUUUAGCUUCCAGUGUUAAACCCCGCUCUGCUUUUAGCCUGUCAUUAGGAAAAGAA